AUGAGAAGCUCAAAUGGUGAGUUGUUGAGAUGCGUAAAUGCCAAAGAAGCAAGGAGAAUUCUAUUUGAAACCCAUGAAGGGAACUGCGCUACUCAUAGCAAUGGGUAUAUGAUGGCAAAGCAGAUCUUAAGGCGGGGUUACUUCUGGACCACUUUGGAAAAGGAUUGCAUUGAAUACUUCCGAAAGUAUCACAAAUGCAAAAUUUAUGCUAAUCAGAUGAAUGUCCCACCUCAUCAGCUCUACAAUCUCGUCUCACUAUGGCCUUUUGCAAUGUGGGGUAUCAAUGUAAUUGGUCCAAUUAAUCCAAAAGCAUCCAAUGGACACAGAUUCAUUUUGGUGGCCAUUGACUACUUUACUAAAUGGGUUGAAGCUACCUCAUAUGCUCAUAUCACUCAAAACACCUUUCUGAAAUUCCUUAAGAAUAAUAUUAUCUGUCUGUAUGGUCUUCCUGGAGAGAUUGUCACCGAUAAUGCCAAGAACCUAAAUGGUCCAAAGAUUCAAAAGUUGUGUGAUUAG